GGCGGGACGCCGCCGGGCUGUGGGUCGGGCCCUGUGUCAGCAGCCCAGCAGGCGCUCGUGGGGGACAUGGCGGGCUGUGUGGCCCGGCGGGCCCUGGCCAUAGGCAGCCGCUGGUGGUCCCGGUCACUGACCGGUGCCCGGGGGCCAAGGCCACUCUGUGCGGCGGGUGGAGCCGGGCCCUUCCUCCCUGCAGCGACCACGACGCGGAGGCACCUCUCGUCCCGAAACCGACCAGAGGGCAAAGUUUUGGAGACAGUUGGUGUGUUUGAGGUGCCAAAACAGAAUGGAAAAUAUGAGACUGGGCAGCUUUUCCUUCAUAGUGUUUUUGGCUACCGAGGUGUUGUCCUGUUUCCCUGGCAGGCCAGGCUGUACGACCGGGAUGUGGCUUCUGCAGCUCCAGAAAAAGCAGAGAAUCCUGCUGGCCACGGCUCUAAGGAGGUGAAAGGAAAAACUCACACUUACUAUCAGGUGCUGAUUGAUGCCCGAGACUGUCCGCAUAUAUCUCAGAGAUCUCAGACAGAAGCUGUGACUUUCUUGGCCAACCAUGAUGACAGCCGGGCCCUCUAUGCCAUCCCAGGCCUGGACUAUGUCAGCCAUGAAGACAUCCUCCCCUACACCUCCACCGAUCAGGUUCCCAUCCAGCACGAGCUCUUUGAAAGAUUUCUUCUCUAUGACCAGACAAAAGCUCCCCCUUUUGUGGCUCGGGAGACAUUACGGGCCUGGCAAGAGAAGAACCACCCCUGGCUGGAGCUCUCCGACGUCCACCGGGAAACAACGGAGAACAUCCGAGUCACUGUCAUCCCCUUCUACAUGGGCAUGAGGGAAGCCCAGAAUUCCCAUGUCUACUGGUGGCGCUACUGUAUCCGCUUGGAGAACCUUGACAAUGACGUGGUACAGCUCCGGGAGCGACACUGGAGGAUAUUCAGUCUAUCUGGCACCUUGGAGACAGUGCGAGGCCGAGGGGUGGUUGGCAGGGAACCAGUGUUGUCCAAGGAGCAGCCUGCGUUCCAGUACAGCAGCCACGUCUCGCUGCAAGCUUCCAGUGGGCAUAUGUGGGGCACGUUCCGCUUCGAGAGGCCUGAUGGCUCCCACUUUGAUGUCCGGAUCCCUCCCUUCUCCCUGGAAAGCAAUAAAGAUGAGAAGACACCACCCUCAGGCCUUCACUGGUAGGCCAGCCGAGACCCCACACAGCCAGGCCUGGUCCCUGAAGAAUGGCUCUCACCCCACAACUGCUGCAGAACUCUCCACUGCUGGAUGCAGUGGGUCUCUUCAUCGUGUGCGUCAUUCAAAUGUGGGGUUCUUUUUUUGGUGGGUGGGCUAGAACCAUCUCCUCCAGAAGAUCCAUGUAGGACUCUUCCAAGGCUGGCCUCCCCUGCAAGCCCUGCCUACACUGUGUUCCAGACCUUCCACCAGGAACUGUGGUCAGCUGCCACAGGCGAGGAGUUUCCUGGCCUGUUUGGAAUGUGAGGUUUGGUCAAUAAACCAGUGCACGCUCGGC